AUGUCGUACCCAACUAGAUCGCUUUCGACUCGACUGCCCGGCACGGGGUCGCAGAACGCCUCGUCGGCCGGUCCCUCGCCCAUGUUGGUUGCGCGCAUUACAGAGAAGAAGGCAGAGCUAGAACACUUGAGAGAGCUUCGCGACCUGAGCGCCGCAGUUGCAGGCCAGAUGGAAGCUCUGGAGCAGAAGCUGUCUACGCUGUCAGACGGAACGGAAGCGAUCGCCAUGGUCAUUGGGAACUGGCAUAACGUGUUGGGUGCCAUCAACAUGGCUUCUGACGAACCAUCAGAGAAUGAAGAUCACAGCAUGCCUCUUCCACAAACGUUGGUUCGCAUUCCAACGGAGCAUGCACCGACGUUGCAGGCGCAGGCCGAGAACGCGGCAGAGAGCGCAGAGAACACGUCGACCUUGUCAUGA